AUGGCGGAAAUCGAAUACCUCAAAGGGCUGAAGGCCGUUCGCGAAAGAGCUCACCGUGUUCUGGAAGCUGCCGAACAGGAUAAUCUGACACACUUCUCAUAUUUCCCGGAUUUGAUGCCUGGUGUUGCAGAUUACGUAGCAGAUAUCAUCAACAGAGACUUUGGCCCAAAUCGAUUCCAGGAAAUUCCUCCACACGGCCGAUGGCAGCAUUUCGAUAUCGGAGGCGUUCCACGAGUGGAAAAGCUGAUCAAUGGAUGGAAAUCAGCUGGUCAUGACGAGACAGAAAUCACGCGACGCCUGAUUGAUCUCUUCUUCGUGGCUGUCCUUCUCGAUGCCGGCGCCGGUGAUGUCUGGAAAUUCACUGAGCCUGACACCGGGAACGAAUAUGGGCGGAGUGAAGGUAUUGCAGUCGCGGCUUUAUACAUGUUCAAGGCUGGCACAUUCUCAGAUAGCGCCGAUAGUGGAGGGAACAAGAAUGAAGCAGUCGACGGUCGUGGUCUCGUCUCGCUUGACAUUGCAGAUUUCAGAAAGCACUUCCAAAUAACUGCUGAAAAUGAGAUAAUAAGCGACAUCUCUCGCGUCAGUCUUCUACAAAGCGUUGGGCAGUCGUUGUUGAAUCUGCCUGAGAUUUUCGGGGAUAAGGGGCGACCUGGAAAUAUCGUUGAUUACUUGUUGGCAAAUAGAAAGGACGGGGAAAAUCUCAACUACGAAGUUUUAUGGUCGGUACUACAAAAGACCCUCCUCCCCGCCUGGCCCAAAAAUCGAACCCAAAUUUCAGGCGUGCCUAUCGGAGAUGCGUGGCCUCUUCAGACUUUAGAGAGACUAAAUUCUGGUCGGCAAACUCAAAAUGGCGCUUUGAAUAUUCAGCCUUUCCAUAAAUUGACACAAUGGCUUGCCUAUUCUCUGUCGGUCCCUUUCAUACGGGUCCUGGGGUUAGACUGGGACAAUAUUGACCAAGGGACGGGACUUCCAGAAUACCGCAAUGGAGGUUUGUUCGUCGACCUGGGGGUAUUGAGGCUGAAAGAGAACGUCUUGAAGGAAGGCAAGAAGAAUUCCGAGCAGGACACUCCGAGCUUCGAUGCGACCAGUGAUGUGAUUGUAGAGUGGCGUUCAAUGACUGUUGCUUUGCUCGACACGCUUCAUAAACUUAUCGCUGAUCGCUUUGCGCUGCAAGGUGUUCGAAUCAGUAUGGCACAGAUGCUCGAAGCUGGAACUUGGAAAGGUGGUAGAGAGCUGGCAGCAAAGUAUCGCCCUGAAACAAAGUCGAGUCCAAUUGUGAUUCAGGGAGAUGGUACUUUGUUCUAA